ACGGAAUCCACUAAUAUCAAUCUGCUGAUUCAAUUUGUUAAGAGCUAGCAGACAACUAAUAUAAUCACGAUAUUGACAUCUUUAAACCUUCACUUUUGAUGACAAAAUCAGAGUAAAACAGCUGCAAAUGUCAAUUUCACAAUAGUGAAAAUAUUAAACGUAAGGAAUUCUAAAAUAGAGAAUAAAAAGUUUAUCAUUCACAAAAGUUGACCAAUUUGUUUACUUAGACCUUCUCUUUUUUUGCCCAUAUACGUAGUACGGAGUAUCUGUCAAACUUCCCUCUCGCGCAAAUCCAACGGCAGAAAAGGGAGAAGCACGGUUUUGGGACCUGCAAAAAUCGGAUCUUGCAUUCUUGCGGCCUAAAUUCGCCAGGCACCCUACCUGGCGGCCAAAUCGAGGAUCCAAAUCCUUUUUUUAACCUCCGAGUCUCGACUGAAACUCUGAAAGUCUGGAACGACCGAACCGCCAGCCACCGGCGCCAGCUCGCCACGGCUCCGCCGCCACCGCGCCCUGCCUCCAAGCCCGCACGCCUGUCGUCCGUCGUCCACUCAUCCGCAGUUCCGCACUCGGCACUACUUGAACCCCACUGACGCCGUCCGCGGAAGAAAGGGAAUUACAGUGUGAUCUGUCCUUACUCUGAAGCAAGGAAGAAAGAAUACGUGGAGUGAAUUGUUUUGAAGAAUGCAAUCUAAAAUAAACACUUUUUUCAAACCCUGCAUUUCCAAGACCGUCGCUUCUUCUUCGAUCUCCGGCAAUUUGCUUGAUUGCGAGACCGCACAAUUGGAACGCCCUGAUAUCACCAAUACUUACAAGAGUAAAAGUUUCAAGCCGGGGGAUGGAUCAAAUGGUGAACCACCCCAGGAUAUUGCGUCAAGGAGUUCAACUGUGACAUUGGUUCCGCCUCAAAAUUUGAUUAGGAAAAGAAACUAUGCUCAAUUUCAUUUGGAAUUGGGUCAGUCUGAUUUCCUGUUGCACACUUGCAAUGUAUGCAGCUUUCAGUAUGCCACUGGUAACAAAGGGGAUGAGAAGGUUCACCAGACAAUUCACAGGAAUUACACUCGAGGGAUCCCAUUUAAGGGCUGGCAAAAUGAAAGAAUUAUUCCGACUUCUUCUGAAACUGGACGCAUUAUCAUGGUGUUAAAUGACGACCCUUCUCCAUGGAGGAAUAAAGUUCUGGAAGUUAUUAAAAUGAUGGAGAUAGAACUUGGAGAUGGGUGGAUAUAUCAUCAACAGUGCAAGGUGUACUUAUUUAUAACCUUUGGAAGAAUUGCUGGCUGUGUGAUAGUAGAACCAAUAACCACGGCCUAUAGAUUUGUGUCUAGUUCAUCAGGAAAUGGGUCAAAUAAUUCGGCUAAAACGGAAGUAUACCAGAAAUCUUCAGUUUUGCAAUUUGGGGGAGUCUGUUUUCAACGGGAAAAAGUAAGAAAAGACCCCUCUAAGGAAAGACUCGAAGGUUCAGAUGAAGGAUUUGGGGUUAUCUUGUGUGAGGAGGAAGCUGUACCUGCUUCAUGUGGCAUUAGAGCCAUUUGGGUUAGUCCUUCCAACAGAAGAAAACACAUUGCUAGUUGUUUGCUAGAUGCUGCUAGGAUUAGCUGCUGUGAUGGUCUAGUUCUAGAGCGGGCUGAGUUGGCAUUUUCCCAACCAACUUCAACCGGGAAGAAAUUCAUAUCUAGCUAUACAAACAGUUCAGCUUUCCUCCUAUACACCUCUAGUGGCUCAUAAGAGAUUUUGUGGCGGCCUAGUUCUAAAGAGGGCUGAGCUGGUGUUUUCUAAACCAACAUUGGAUGGAAGAUAUUCAUAAGCAGCUAGGCAGAUAUGUUAACAGUUCAUCCUUUCUUGUCUGCACCUCUAGUGACUCAUGGCAAGCGCUAUUGUAGAGUUCAUCUUCUUUCAACAAGUCUGGAUUGCUGCUUAAUCAGUUAAUCCAUCCAUAAUGUUCAGGGUUUGAUAGACAUAAUUUGAUUAAAAACUAAAAGAUAGAAAACCUUGUACCAAGUUAGAUCGGUAUUGCACAUCCAAACAUUACGAAAACAUUUAUAUGGCAGAAAUAAAUUUGAAUGUUGGGACUUGGGAGGAUUUAGAUUUAUUAGUCACAACAAUGUGUUAGCUGAAAAAUUGCUCAGCGCCGACACAACGUUCAUUGUCAUUGAAAUAUUAUCAAGAAUGUACUUUGGUAUCUAAAUGAAAACAUUGGCAUAACC